UUCUUUGCCCAGAAAUUCACAUAACCUCACAUUUUCUUUGCCAAAAAGUGAUGUAAAUAUUAGAAAAUGAAUAUUUUUGGGAGAGAAAUUCUGAGAAAAUCCCUUUCUCCAGCCAUCAGAUCCUGCAGGAAAUGUCCUGGAAGUUUGAUUUCUAGCCGGAAAGGGCAUUCAUAUGAGGGUGAUGGGAAGACAACAGUACAAAUCCUCAACAGAGAAGUUGAAAAUGGGCUUCUAAUUGACGCUUUCAGUCAGAUUGGCUUCCGACUGAAUAAUCGGAUGAACAUUAUUGGCCCCAUGGCAAUCUUCCCACGAAUAGCUCUAUCUUGGAAUGUAGGCUCAUACGAGGAUAUCAAUGAGCAGACCCUUAGCCUCUUCACCGUGCUUGAGCCAAAGAUUGACAUUCUAAUUGUGGGUGUUGGUGAUGAGAAGAUUACACCGCAAUUCUCAAGGAGAAUCAUCGACUACAUCCGUUCGUCGAGGAUCAACGUGGAAGUCCUAAACACAGAGCAAGCGUGCUCAACAUUUAAUUUUCUCAACACUGAAGGACGCGUUGUGGCUGGUGCUAUGAUCCCCCCACGGACUCUGAGACUAUCUGAUCACGAUAGAUUCAUUUCCGGAAAGCCCAUUCUCAAGCAAAUGACUUACAUUGAUGAGUCAAAGUAGUGGGAGGGAAGCUUAUAAAUAAAUUUAGUUAUUAAUUGUA